GGGAAACGAAGACGUCGACCGCCAUGGCGCCUCGACUGCUUUGGAGUUAUCCGGCUCGUCGAUUCGACACGCAGAAGACUUAAGACGAUAUCAAAAGGCCCAGGAAUCGACGCAGCUUUGCAGUCAUGGUCGGGGAGCUUGUCUUUAGGUGGAUGGAAUCUCUGCGUCUUAAGACUGACGAAAGAACCUUUCAGCUGAUGGAGAGGAGAGACGACGGAGAAGUUUUGGGAGAAGGAUCAGCACGAGUCUAUCGCGUAAGUUUCAACUGGAUUUAAGUCUCUGGUGGACCGCAGCAUUGAUGAGCAGUGUGACUGGCAACCAAGACGAAAUAAGUUCGAGACACAUUUGCGGUGAGAAAUUGAGAGGCAACCACCUGUUGAUCAUCAUACGGCCUUGUCAAAAAACAUUUCGUAUGUCAUGCAAUCCAGGCCGUCCAUAGUCGAUGCCCUAAAAGGGCCCGAAAGGGGGCUAGAAUAUGCCGAAUAGCGUUUCGCGCGAUUUUAGGGUUCUUGAUCCCUCUUUCCUAGCGAUGCCGCUCAGCAUUGGAUCUGCACGGGACAGCGUCAAGGGAGAAUUCUUUGGCCCGCAACAUAGCAUGAGCGAAGCAUAUGAAAUUGAGCUCAAGGUGCGCGAUUACGAGUUAAACAACUAUGGUCUCGUACAGAACACGGUGUACGCGAGCUACUGCGACCAUGCAAGACACGAGUUAUUUGAAGAGCUGGGAAUCAAUUCUGAGGCUCUUGCCGGGACUGGUGCUGUGCUUGCGCUUGCGGAGCUCAACAUCAAGUACUUGAGCCCUUUGAAAUCAGGGGAUGUUUUCCUUGUUACGGCUAGGAUAACUGGAUCGUCGGCUGUGAGACUGUUUUUCGACCACAACAUUUACAAGCUUCCUCACAAAGAACCAGUGUUAGAGGCUAAAAGGAUUGUUGUUUGUCUGGACAAGAACGACAAACCAAUCAAAUUUCCAGCGCGCUUUAGAAAUAUACUUAAUUUAUUUAUGAGAAAUCAAGGAUAA